AUGCCCCACAAGCACAAACGGAAGCGCGACGAUGAUGACUCAAACUUUGACCUCCCUCCCUCCUCCCGCGCAGGCACUCUCUCCGUACAUCAGAAACAGGAAUCAAUCUUCACAUCUGACCGCGACAAGAAGCGCAAACAACAAGAGAAAAAGCAAAAGAAACGAAUGGGAACGGGAAUGGAAGACGACACCCCCAAAGCAUUCGCACGAUUAAUGGCCUUUCAAAAGACCGGCAAGCGCAUCUCUUCAGGCCUCGACAAUGGAGAUAGACCGAGAAAGAAACAGAAAGCAAAGCCAAAGGGCUCAAAAUCCGAGUCCACAUCCAAUGACGCAGAAUCUCCCGAUGUCCCUGACCCUGAGUCCAGCGCACCCGCACGAAACCCACAUCCUACACCGACAGCACAUCCACAAUUAAAAAUCCUUCCCGGCGAGCGCCUUUCAGACUUUUCAGCGCGCGUCGAUCAAAGCUUACCGUUGAACGGCAUUCCCAAACAGCAAACCCGGACCAACAACAUCCCCGGUCUCGAAAAGCUGAGAGCACCACUAAGCAAAAACAACCGCCGCCUCCAACGCAUCCAGCACGAAUGGCGUGCCGAAGAAGCUAAGCUCCAAGCACGUCGCGAAGAAGAAGAUGAAGCACUUGCAGAUCAGCGCGAGGAAGAUGCGCUGUUGUGGUUGAAAGCCGGCAUUGACAGCCAUCACCAUUUUCAAUCUCCCUUUACCUCUGCGGGGCCGGGCAAGAAGAGGAAGAAGAUAGGGAAAAGAAAAGGUGGCGGGAAAGGGGAUGUUGGCGACGCAGAUCCAUGGAAAGUACUUGAAAAGAAAAGGAGAGAGGAAGGAGAGUUGGCCAGGCAGAGGAAUUUACAGGAUGUGGUGUUGGCCCCACCUGUGCUGAAGGGGGUGAAGAACAUUUUCAAGGAUAAAGACUACAGUCGGAAUAGAAAUCAUGGAGAGGAUGCGAAGGGCUGGUAA